CCCCAAUUUUUUUUUUGUUUUAAUUUUUCCCAAUUUAAUUUCGAGUCUGCGAAUGGAACCACCGCCUUCUUCUCUUUCCUCCACCGCGGUGGCUUCCUCCUCAAUCCCCGCCGCUACGGCCCCUGUUCCUCCUCCUCCACCUCCUCACGUGACUUCUUCUUACCCCGAAUCUCUCGACUCUUCCCCUCGUUCUCGCACCACCGAUGGCUGGGAUGACCUUCCUGCUCCUUCCGGCGGCGGUGGAAGCGCCGUCUCUUCUAAACUCCGUCUUAUGUGCAGCUACGGCGGUCAUAUCCUUCCUCGCCCUCACGAUAAGUCUCUCUGCUACAUGGGCGGCGACACUCGCAUCGUCGUCGUCGAUCGCAACUCCUCUCUCCCUUCUCUCCUCGCUCGUCUCUCCAACACGCUUCUCGACGGUCGCUCCUUCACCCUCAAGUACCAGUUACCCAGCGAAGACCUUGACUCUCUCAUCUCCGUCACUACCGACGAAGAUCUCGACAACAUGAUCGAGGAGUAUGACCGUACCAUCUCCGCUUCCAAUUCCACCAAACCCUCGCGCCUCCGUUUGUUUCUCUUCACCUCCAAGCCUGAGGCUACUCAGUCUAUGGGUCAGAUCCUCGAGAGCUCUGCCAAGAGCGACGAUUGGUUCCUCAACGCUCUCAACAGCGCUGGUCUCCUCAAUCGCGGAUUCUCUGAUUCCGAUGCCAACGUCAAUCGUUUGCUUGGUUUGGACGAUACUCUUGCUCUCCGCUCUAAUUCCGGUGACAACAACACCAAUCGAGAUGGAGAUGAUGGCUCCGUUAAAAGCGCCAAGCAACAACAGAUCCAGCAGCCUCCGCCGCCGCAAGGAGGCCAAGAUGUGAACUGCUUACCGGAUUCUCCCAUGUUGGAUACAUCCUCUUCUUUCGGCUCUACUUCUUCCUCUCCCUCUCUCGCCAAUUUGCCUCCGAUUCGUGUCCAUGUAGAGGAACCCGGCGGGGUUAGGACUUUGCCAGAUCAGAGAAAUCUGGGAAUCGAAGAACAAUUCGCACGAUUCAACGUUGGGAACAAGCAUCAGCUACAGGACGACGGAUUUGCUGCGAUCUCUUCACCACCGCCGAUGCCUGUCACAAUCGCCCUUCCUGCUGCGCCUGUGAGUGCUGCGACCGUCUCAAAUGAGUUCCAGGCGAGGGUUUUCUCGGACGACGAGAGAUCCGAUCACGGCGUGACGGCUGGAUACAGAAAACCUCCGACUCCGCGAUCGCAGCCGCAGAAUCUACCGCCUCAGCAGGCUCAUCAGCUGAAGUCAAAUAGCGGUGGACACGAGCUGCCAUCACCAAAUUCCGUUUCCAGUGAUAGCAGUAUGAGCAACCCAAUGUUUCACCAAAGACCUUCUGUCUAUCAAGAACCAACUGCUCAGAUGCCCUCUGGCUCUACCGUAGUUACUGGUAUGAUCAAUCCCUCGGAUCCCAGCACACUUUUGUCCCAACAUCAGAAUCAGGACCCAGCCUACAUCCUUCACCCCCAAUUUGAGCAACAAUCUGCACAAUCUCAGCCACAACAGCAGCAACAGUUCAUACACACUGCUCCUCCUCCUCCUCAAUACAUUCAUCACCAUCCGUCUAGCGGCCUUCCUGUUCAGACUUACAUCCAGGUUUACCCUUCGCAACAGCCGCAGUCCUUCCACCAACACCCAGGUCGACUGGAUCAGCAGCCUUAUCCUGUUUAUUAUGUCACUGCUCCCGUCCCACCUAGGCCCUACAGUAUGCCCGUGCCACAAUCUCCAAGUGUGAGCGAGGCUCCAGGUUCACUCCCUUCUAGCCAUCCCAACUCUACCAUGAUGCCUCCACCUCCUAACAACCACAUGAGAAGUGUUAGCGGUGGCAAACCUGAGAUGGGACAGGCUGGGGUUUACACAACAGCCCCAGGUGUGGGCGGUGCUCAGAUGGUUCACCAGAUCCCAACAAACCAGCAGCAAUUCAUGGGGUAUUCGCAGAUCCGUCACCCUCCUCAGUCUGGUUCAGCUGGGAAUCCAAACUAUGGAUAUGAAUACGCCGACAAUGCUCAUACACAGAUAUACUACACUCAACCUCUGGGACAUGCACAGUACCAGACAAUGACAGGGCCUCCACCUGCCAUGGUGAUGCCUGAUGGCUCUGCUGCUGCUAAGCUUCCAGCUGAGAACAUGACUCAACAGAUCCGGAGUUCACAGCCAUUGUGACACACAAGGAACACAGGAAGAUGAACCACAAAAUUUUGGAAGAAGCCACGGGUUGGUUUUUAAACAUAUAAAUAUAUAAGUUACUUUUUUCUCUUCUUUUACAAGUUGCUGCAUCAAAAAAAGAGUCUGGCGUCAUGUUGGUUUGGUAUUAUGGAUUAUGUUUAAAAGUGUUGUGUGAGUAAAUUAAAUAGACAAAU